AUGAAGGCGCAGUCAACCAGCCUUCGAGUGAGGUUACCUGUGUUUUUGUUUGUCACACAGGUGAUCACUGUUGCCUUGUAUGCUGCCUUUGUCACCUACGAUGAGCAUGUGGAUGCCAGAUUUCAGACUAACAGGACUAACCACAUUGACAAUGCUGUGUACAGGGACUACCCUGUUUUUACACACAUACAGGUCAUGAUAUUCCUCGGCUUUGGGUGCCUGCUGGCGUUUUUUCGACUCUAUGGCUUUGGGGGGAUGGUUUUUAACUUCCUCGUGGCUACUUUUGCCAUUCAGUGGGCCAUUCUGGUGCAGGGCUACUUCCAGUUCAGCUACGAGGGUAAGAUCCACCUCGGAGUGAUCAACCUCAUAAAUGCAGAGUUUGCCUGUGCGGUGGUGUUGAUAUCGUUUGGGGCAGUGCUGGGGAAGACGAGCCCGUUGCAGCUGCUGGUCAUGGCUCUGCUAGAAGUGCCACUGUUUGCAGUCACAGAAUGGGCCGUGCUCAGGUAUCUGAAGAUCAACGAUGCAGGAGGCUCCAUUCUUAUUCACCUAUUUGCCUGUUAUUUUGGCUUGGGUGUCACUUUUGUACUGUACAGGCCUAGCCUAAAUAAAGGCCAUGCAAAAGAGAACACCAGCUACCAGUCUGAUAUCAUGUCUUUAAUUGGGACCUUGUUCCUCUGGGUGUUUUGGCCCUCGUUCAACUCAGCACUGACCCUGAAAGGAGACGACCAGCAUAGAGCCAUCCUCCACACCUUUAUCAGCCUCAGUGCCUCCACGCUCACAGCCUUUGCUCUCUCUGCCAUGCUGAAUAAAAAUGGUAAGAUUACCAUGGCCGAUAUUCAGAAUGUGACCCUGGCUGGAGGCGUGACAGUGGGGGCGUCUGUGGAUAUGAUGAUAUCGCCUGCAGCUGCAUACGCUCUGGGUAUGAUGGGCUGCAUUGCAUGCAUGCUGGGCUACAAGUUCUUGAGCCCCUUCCUUGCACGGCACUUCAGGAUCCAGGAUCAGUGUGGAAUACAUAAUUUGCAUGGUCUGACAGGACUUAUAUCCUGUGCUGCAGGGAUAUGUGCCAUACUGAUGGCUAAUGAGGAGGUGUAUGGCCCCAGCUUGUAUGAGAUAUUUUCCCACAGAGCACCAGUAGAGGGAGACCCUAAGCUGCAAGAGCUCCAGAUGUUGAUCCCAGGUUUACAGCCAGGGUUGGGGAGAACUGCCCAGGAACAGGCUCUCUUCCAGGUCGCAGCUGUGUUCUCCACCAUAGGAGUGUCAGCGCUGGGAGGCAUCCUCACAGGCUUUGUCUUGAAGCUGCCAUUUCUCGCACCACCAUCCGAUGAUUUAUGUUUUGAUGAUAAGCUGUUUUUUGAUGUUCCUCUGGACUAUGAUUCACCACUUAAAGUCUAUAAUACAAUUACAACAGAUGAUUCUGCUGCCUGA